UGUCCAGUCUAUUUUCUAAGUCAUCUGUGAUUUCAUGUUAUUAAUAUUGCCUCAAGUACACAUACAUGUUUGUAAUUUAGUAUAAAAUGAAACUGUAAUUAAGAUGUCACCAAAAGUUCUAUUUUCCUUCUAAAAUAUGUGUCAUGACAAAAUCGAUUAAAUUUUGUGAUAUAUUGUAUUUGUCAUAUUUGUGUCCAUAUAUAGCAGAAAAAAAUGUUAAACAGAUUUAAAUCAGUGUUGAUGAAUGCUGUGGGUGCAAGUGAACUUGGUUUACAAUACCCUAACGAUUCAGAUAAUGAUGCGAUAACAGAUUAUAUGAAUUCAAACUUUACUACGGAAGUAGAAAAUAAACCAUAUAGUCGUCCAAAUUUUUUAGGGUUAACUGCAGAAGAAACUCAAGUUAGCGCUGAUCAUAGGGUAAGACCAAUCAUAGUUCCAAGAGAUCUGAGUCGAUUACCAUGGUGUGCUGGUUACGCAGAAUGUAUAAAUGCUGGAAAAAGUACUUGGAAUGAAGAUCAAGCCUCCGCAACUAGAGGAGACCUGAAAUUAUCUGAUGUUAAUGUUGCUUUGCCUUAUAUUAUGUUUUCUAUGUUUGAUGGACAUGCUGGAUAUCAAGUUGCUUUAACAGCAAGAUUACAAUUACAUAAAAUAAUUCUUGAAAGGUUAAUGGCAAUACCUGGCAAUAUGUUACUAAAUGAAGAUGAAGAUGAACUUAUAAAAGGAAGAGAUUUAGUUAUUGGUGCUAUUGAAUUGGCAUAUAGACAGAUGGAUCAAAUGGUAGAAGCCCAGGCUCAAAAUGGGGGUGGUGGUUGCACAGCAAUCACUAUUUUAUUUCUCAAUGGUAGACUGUAUGCUGCGGGUGCUGGUGAUUCUAGAGCUGUACUUGUGAUGGAAGAAAUUCAUUGUGCAUUGACAAGAGAUCAUACUCCUGAUUCAGAAUCAAAUCGUGUUAGAGCACUUGGCCUUUUAAGAAGUAAUGAAUUAUUGAAAAGUCAUUUCACACCGUUAGAGUUCCGAAAACGACCAUUACAGAAAGAAUUAGGUUCCAUGGUUUUGUACAGGGAACCAUAUAUGACAGGUUGGGCAUACAAAGUAUUAACUCAUUCUGAUUUGAAACUACCUCUUAUUUCAGGACAUGGAAAAAGGAGUCGAGUGAUGGGCACUAUAGGUGUGACUCGAGGGUUUGGAGAUCAUGGCUUAAAAGCAGCCAAUACAGGAGUUAGUAUAAAACCAUUCCUAUCAUCACAACCGGAGGUACAUUCCAUAAGUUUGGAUAACUACAAUCUCACAGAACGUGACUGCGUUGUUGUAGCCACAGAUGGGCUUUGGGAUGUUGUAUCAGAUAAGGCAGCAGCAAACAUACUCAGGAAGACUCUAGCUCCUGAUACUCCAUCACUAGAAUAUAGGCUUACGAUGGGUGCUCAAGAAUUAGUACAAGCAGCAAGAGGUAGACUAAUUGGUCGAGUUUGGGUAGGCAAAUCAGAAAAUCCUGAAGAAACUGAUGAAAAGUUUUUACCAAUGGCAUCAGUUGACGAUAUCAGUGUUUUAGUAGUACCUUUGUACCCAUAUUCGUGUGAACAUAAGCAAUGGUUAAAAACUACAUAUCAGUUAAUAAGUCCACAUAGUACAUGACCAAAUUGAUGAAAACUGAUUAAUUUGUAUUUUAGUAGGAACGUUACAAUUGAGAAAGAGUAUUCACUUUGUAGUGUAGUAAUCAAUCACAAAAACGUAAUUGCUUUUACAUUGCUUUUAAAAAGAAAUAUUUAUAUGUACACUACAGAUUUAAACUUUCCAGCAGUUUUUCUUUUGGCGUGAUAAUUUAUUAUAUACUGCCACCUUUUUAAAAUUAUAAUUAGAAGAAUGUCAUAAUUAUUUAAUGGAACAUUCCAGUUUUAGAAUGUUGAAUACAGUGUAACUUAAUUUUAAGUGUUAUGCAGCAUCCAAAGUAGAAGUAAAGUGUAUUUAAUUUUAUAAGGCGUAUGCAGCAUUUUACGUGCAUCACGAAUAAAUGAAAGCGGUGAAUAUGACUUGAUGAUGAAAAAAUUAAAAUAAUAAAAAAAAUUUGUACGAAAAUAAUUUUAUCAUAAGUAUGUAGUGCAGUGAAUAAUUUGUUUGUUAAUCUUGUAUUUAUUUUUAUUUUUGAAUACUUACUAUGAACUAGUAUAUAUAAAGUAUCUUUAAGUGGUUGAUCCACAUAAGACCAGAAACUAAAAAUUGUACAUAAAAGAUGCAUUGCUUUUUUGGCAAUGUUAGUAGAAAUGUAAGUUUUGUCUCGUCUUUAUAUAUUUUAUUUUUAUUUUGAUGUAAACAUUAUAAUUGAU